CUGAGAUCAAAGUUGGCACCCUAUAUAAACUCUGCUUGCUCUCUUUCUCUCUCUCCGAUAACUCCAUCCUCGAGGGUUUAGAGCCUCCGCGCGGCGCCGCCACUCUCAGUUCGAAAGGCUCUAAAGGAUGGUGAGAGUUAGUGUAUUGAAUGAUGCUCUCAAGAGCAUGUACAAUGCUGAGAAGCGUGGGAAGCGCCAAGUUAUGAUCAGACCAUCAUCAAAAGUGAUCAUCAAGUUUCUUUUGGUCAUGCAGAAGCAUGGAUACAUUGGUGAGUUUGAAUACGUUGAUGAUCACAGGGCAGGUAAGAUAGUUGUGGAAUUGAAUGGCCGCUUGAACAAAUGUGGUGUUAUCAGCCCUCGAUUCGAUGUGGGUGUUAAGGAGAUUGAACCCUGGACUGCAAGAUUGCUCCCGUCCCGACAGUUUGGUUUCAUAGUCCUGACUACCUCUGCUGGCAUCAUGGACCAUGAAGAAGCCAGGAAGAAGAAUGUCGGUGGCAAAGUGCUUGGUUUCUUCUACUAAACGGGUGUAAACUUCAGCACCUCUUUAUUGUUCUUUGAGGGAUUUUGAUGAAAAAGUUGUCUCACAUCUUCUUCGUAUUAUUGCUCUUAUUUUAUAAAAGGAUCUCUGUAACUCUUUAGUUUCUUCUUUUCAAAUUUUGGUACUGAAAUGUUUGAGGCUAGAGUCCUAGCUUCAGGCAUUAAGUUAUUGAAGUAAACCCAAAGAUGCUCUUCACUUCA